AUGCUGACCCGAAUGGUGGUUGUAGGAUAUCCAGCGCUGUCCCUCGGUCUGAUGAUCAUAGCGUCUGUUUCCUCAACAUCUGCUUGGCUUGUGGACAGCCUGUUCCACUGCAACAUAGCAAACCUGAUGGAGUUGAAGUUGUGGCCGCUGCUGUGGGGUCCGUUCUACAACGAACUUUCCAGCGGUAUGGCCUUCAUUACCAUCCUCUUCGAGAUGUACAUGGCCAUGAGCUACUUCCCAGUACAGGAGAAGGAGAUGGGUUCUAGCACCUUCCUUCUCUUCAUGUUCUUGAUAAACACGCUUACGAGCCUGCUGUUCCUUCCAGUCAUGUUUUGUUUCGGAAUGUACUACCACAUGCAAAUGAUCUACUUCCAUCAAAGCCUGCGCGGGCUAUGGCCAAUGAUCAUGGUGUGUCUGACUCUUUCCGCGCUCAGCAACCCGGAUGCCUCAACGAACUUCUGGGGUUUGGUCAAGAUUCCAAACAGGUGGUAUCCCAUAGCUUUGACGGGUUUCUUCAUGCUGCUCAACGGCAGGAUCAUGUGGAAUCUGGUGAUUGCGCUGGCCAUUGGGUACGGCUACCCAAAGCUGCGCCUGGACCGGCUGCUUCCCUCGAAGACCCGCGUGGAUCGGCUGGAGCAGAAGUGUUGCAGAGGAGGUCGUUGCCAGCUGCUGGGAGCCUCUUGGUUAGCUGCCGCAACAACAUCUUCCUACGACGUGGAUGUGCAGAUUGAUCGGCGCUAUAGAAACUUCACUGACUUCGGUAAUGACUCCUCGCAUCACCGGCCCGUUUGA